UCGGUAAAUCUAAUCAUUAUCCAUAUUAGAGUCAGUAAAUUAAGUACCACUAAACAAGAUGAUAACUCCAUUCUUCAGUAUUAAACAAGAUGAUGAGUAUGUAUAUAUAGACAUUAAAGUUUCUCAUAUAAGAUUUAAUGCUAAAAGUAUUGAGUUCACUAUCGAUGAAGAAUUAUUCAUAUUUUCUCUUCCUCCAUACUAUUUAAGACUUCGAUUUCCUUAUGUAUUAGCUAAUGAUGAAGAAAGAAGUAAUGCUACAUUUGAAGGGGAAUUGAUUAAGGUAAAAGUUCCCAAAUUGACUAAGGGCCAAUUUUUUCCUGAUUUGGAUUUGGCUGCAAAGUUACUUGCUAGAUCCACUAAUGUUAUUGAUAGUGAAGAAUUGAAAGAAAAUGGUUCUGGCACUGAACAAGUCCAGAGUCUGAAUAACCAGCAAAUUAAACCAUUGAUUCAAGAACUCGAUGUAGAUAAUGAUAUCUCCGCAACACACCAAGUAGAACAGGAUUUUAAGGAGGGAGAACAAUUCAAUUGGGAGGUUGAACAGACUAUACCGUCUAGUAGUGAUUCCGAUAUAAAAUUAACUAAAUCUAUAAAGUAUGGAUUCAAUGACAAUUAUGAUUCUAUAAUAGGAGUAUCUCAAUCAAAUGGGAAUGAUAUAAAUGAGUUAGGUGAUUCUGAAAAUACUCCAACAGAUGAAAGAAUUCUUGAAAGACUCAUUAAAGAAAACAUAAAAUUUGAUCCUGAAUUUUAUGCUGCAGACUAUAUAAUGGAAAAAUAUCCUACUCCUGAUGAUGAUAAAGUUUAUGUGGAAUUAUUAAAAUGGAAAAAUCCUCUAGUCAAUCAAUUUUUAAAAUGGUAUAAAGCUCAACAAUCUUUACCAGAAGAAGAAAGAGUUCCAAUAAUGCCAGUUGAAUUUACUAAAGAUGAACAAGAAAAGAUGAUUAAUUUACCCCGUAAAUCAUAUAUAGUAGAAGAUAAAUCAUCUUUAUUAUUACUUUUAGUAUCAUUAUUAUUUGCUUAUCAUUUUGAUUUACGAGAAAAUGAAGGUGAUCAUAAUAUAGAAAGUGCUUGGACAAUAGGUAAGAUUGUUCCACAAUUUGCUUACUUAGAUAAUCGAAUUAUUAUACAAUCUGAUAAUGUAUUACGAGCUACCAUUAUUACAUUAAUACGAAGAGCCUUAUCAUAUCCUUAUCAUAGAAAUUAUAAUCUAAUUUCAAAAGUUUGGGAUGAUGUAUAUUAUACUUUAAGAGGAGGUAAAAGAUUAAUUAUCAAAGCUUUGAUAGAUUUAAAGGAACUAUUUAGAUUUCAUGAUGUAUAUUAUGUCUAUGAUAAGAUAUGGUUAGAAGAUUUCUUGACCUGGUUUAUAAGUGAACAAGUACAUGAGAACAUGAUCAGAAGUUUGGCUCAUGAUUUGAAAAGGGAAGUUAGUUCUGUAAAUAAGACAGAUAUUACAUUUGAGAAACCACAGACAAUUAAUGAAGAAGGUGAUGAAGACGACGAUGAAGAUUUAGAAAAUGAUGAUCUAUUAGCCCUCAAUUUACAAGAGAUUGAAAUAAUGGCUGAAGAUAUGUAUCAGCAACAACAAUAAUAAUAUAAUAAAAUUACAAUAAUAAAUAUACUACCU